AUUCGGUAUUUUUAGAAACCUACGGCAACGCAGUGGAGAACAAUCACUCAAUGCCUGAUUUCUUUGUCAGCGAGGAAAAAAUUUAAUUUCGUUUUGAAAUACAUAUCUAAUCGGAACCAACCACUGAAAAAAGGAUAGUUAAGGGUGAACCAGCUUAAUAAAGGAGCCAAUAACGAGUGAAACCAAUUUCCGUCGGGGGAAAAAACUUAAAUAUUUCCCGCACCUAUUUUUAGGCCAAGCGAAGGUACAAGCGAAGCAGCGACGCAAAAGUCGUCAGAAAUUUGCAACCCGGACUUCAGUGCAAAAACACCCACUCGACCGUCCAAGAGUAAAGCAGAACAAAGCAAAAGCAGAAAUUUUAAGGAUCAAUUUAUAAAAGCAAAGUUGGAGCAAUCAUGAACACUGGAAUUUCCUUAAACGAGCGUUUCACGCAAAUGCAGUCAAAGUUGCCGCCACAGGGACGCGGUCGCAGCCGCUCCAGGAGCAGGAGCCGGCGCAUCGUAGGCAGCGGUGCCGGGAGUCCAGGAGUCUCCGCGGCCAACUCUCGGCUGUUGCAGGAAUUCAAGCGGCGCCACACCGUUCAGACGGCCCUUAAACUGAAGCGCAGAAGCUUACGGACCACCGGCGUCAGCGGACGCGGAGCACGCGUCGUCGGCGUCAAGUCGCUGCGACUGGCGCCCAAUGGGAAACCCAUACGGUCCAACAACGUGACCCGGGUAGCAACGAUGCGUGCCGAUCUAGUGGCCAGCGGCAACGCCGCUCGCGGUCGCCGCAGCGGCAGCAGCAUUCGCAUUGUCCCCGCCACCAACGGAGGUGGACUUCGGCAGCGGCUAGGACAGCGCCGCCCUUCUGUGGGCGGUGCCGCCGAGCGCGUUGAGCGUCGUCAGCGACAGCAGCAGCAAACCACACGAGGAGGAGGUCUCGUAGGACGUUCCCGCUCUCGAUCCCGUUCGCGUCACCCGCAACCAGAGCGCGUGGACAGAGCACGUUCCCAAAGCCGUGGACGCAGCAUUGGGCGUUCCCAGAGCCGCAAUCGCGAUCGCUCCGCCCAGGGCCGUGUUCCAGUAAAACAGCGGCUUUCAGUCAAGCAUCGCCUUGGAGUGCGAACCGGCCAGGGAAACAACCAAGCCAAGAACCCACGACAGCGCCGGACACCAAGCCAACUUCGAGGUGUUGCAGGCGGACGGGUUGAGAAGCGUCGUAGUUCUCAGAUUUCCCAAAUGAAGGGAGUUUCCUCCUCACUUGCCAGCCGUCAAGGACGACCACGUCGAAGAUCUGCAGUUAGAAACGCUGCUUCUAGUGGUGGGGCAGGUAAAAAUUCUGCUUCUGCUCGUCGCUCACGUUCGCGCAAUCGUGCUGCCGUCGUCGCUGCUGCUGCCAUCACCGCUACUGCUCAGGGCCGGGCUAAUUCCCGUCAGCGACGUGGACGCAGUGCAGGCGCUGCCAAGGGCAACAACAGAAAUGGUAAAAACGACAAAAACGCCAAGGUCAAGGCGACAAAUGGUGGCAAAAAGGGCCCCCAGCAACAGGCUCGCCGGGGACGCAGUCGUAGUCGUAAGCCUACAGGCAAAUCACAGCGCCCCGAGGUGAAACGCGAGGAUCUAGACAUGGAGCUGGAUCAGUACAUGUCUACCACAAAGUCAGAGAUGGACUACUUGCUGAAGUAAACACAAGUAGAUUGGACCACAAACUACUCAAUUAAGAACAAUUGAAUGAAGAGAAUAAAAUAAAUCCACCACCGGCUAUAGGCAGAUAUGUUUCUCUCGUUGCACUAAGUUACCGCCUAGUUCUCAAAUAUUUUUAAGUUUUAAAACAUGUUAAAAGCGUGCACACAUCGCGCUUGAACAGCUGUUCUCGAGUGUAUAUAGCAAGUUCUAAAAUUAUAAGUAAAUAUGGUCAAGAAUUGUAGUUUAUGAAUGAUAUUGUUAAUCGCAUUUCCGAAAUACAAACUAUUCAAUGCUCAACUCAAAGAA